AUGUCUUCCAUCGUCAAUAAGAUCAAGGAGGUUGUCAACCCGGACAAGAACAGCGACAGCACUUCGGGCAGCCAUGGCUCCGGCCACCACAACAACGGCCGUCACGACAACGUCUCAUCACAGCCGCGCACCGAUGCCAGCAGCGGUGCUUUUGACAGCACUGGCACCCAGGCCGGUGUAGGAGGUGCUCAGGGCCACAGCAGCCGCCAGACAGCCGGCCAGACUGGACGCACGACUGGCCAAGCCAGCCGCACCAGCCAGAUUCAGGCUGACCAGACGGCUGGCGGCCUUGAUGGCAGCGACAGCUACACAUAUGGCGGUGCAGACGCCUCGAGCGGCGGAGUUGGAAAUCUGUCAGGUGGCGGCAUCGGCAGCGGUGGUGCUGUUGGGGGGCGAACAGCCGGCCACACCGGAUCUGGAGUCGCCGGUGGCCGGACGACGGCGGGUACCACGGGGGGCGGCGCAGCCCAGGACCCAUCGUAUGCCAGCGGUGGCCUCCAGGACGACACGUAUGGCAGCGGCGUCGCUGGCGGCCGGAACACAACGGGCGCCACGGGUGGUUUCCAGGACGAUUCAUUCGGAAGCAGCCACAAUGCUGGCCGGAACAAGACUGGCGCCUCAGGCGGUCGUCUGGCCCAAGACCAGUCGUUUGCCAGCGGUGGCCUUCAGGACGAGACCUACGGAAGCAACAUCAGUGGCGGCCGGAACACAACGGGCGCCACGGGCGGUUUCCAGGACGACUCAUUUGGAAGCAGCCACAAUGCCGGCCGAAACACAACUGGCGCUACAGGCGGUCGUCUGGCCCAGGACCCCUCAUAUGCCAGCGGCGGCGGCGGUGUCGGCGGACUACAGGACGACACGUAUGGCAGCAGCAAUACAGCUGGAGGUGUCGCCGGCAGCGGUGGCAACCUUGGUGCCCGCGUUAAGAACACUGCACAGCAGUACGGCGAUAAGCUGACGGGCGGUCACAAUUCCGGAGCCACAAGCGGUCGCACUGCUGGCGGCCGCGGUGGUGCCAGCAAUUUUGACGGCAACGAUCAGAGCUACUACGCCGGUUCUGGUUCUGUCGAUCCGACAGACGCUGCUCACGUGCCCCCCUCCGUGCUGAGGAAGCAUUUGGGCGAGCCGUCCAUUGCGCACGGCGAUCACGGCCAUGAACGGGCGCGGCGCAACAGCUCGAACACGCACCAGGAGUCAUUUCGGGGCAUUUGA